UCGGAGGGGGCGCUCCAGAGUCUCUGUACACAGCCGUAGAGAAGACAUCCUCAGUUCCUGCACCACGUCUGGGGUGAGAAGGGCCGUUGGAACAGUUGUCAGUGGGCUGCAGAUAAGGGGUCGCACGAGCCCCCGGCUCCCCGAGAGCGUCCGGACCCGGGGGCCGAUGACGUCACCCGGCCCCGCCCACACCGCCCGAGGCCCGCUCCGGGCCCCGCCCCGCAGUCACCUUGCGCGCGUGCGCAACGCUGCAUCCCUGCUCCGGACUCCCUCCGCUUUCCCCGACUCUACCCUCCUUCGCUGGAACGGGCCGAGGGACCCAUCCACCCCGGGGAAGUGAACACGCGUCACUACCGGAAGUACUGUCAGAGGGGAAGAGGAGGAGGGAAGAGAGGAGGAGGGAGCCCUUUGGGCGGUAAAAUGGCGCCUGUCAGAGUGGGAAGCCCAGCGGCAGGACCUGCAGCCCCGCGCCUUAGCGGCUGAGACGCCCUGGCCUCGGGGAGGGGGAGGCCGCCCCGGCCCAGCGCCCCGCGCCCUUCGGCUCCCCCCCCCCCUCCCGCCCCGUUCCUGCGCUCAGAGGCCCCGGGCGUCCCCAAGAGUCGUCGUGGCCCAGCGCGCGCCGCGGCCCCCGCCCGCCCCCUUCCCGGGGCAGACCCCUAGCGCGCCUGCGCAGAGGGCCACCCUUCGCUUCCCCCCCCACCUUCCCCUCCCACCUCCCUCCCUCCCUCCCUUCUCCCCAGCCCCCUCCCCCACUGCCCCCUCCCCCAAUUCUCCAUCCCCUUCCCUCCCGGUCUCGGAGGACCCCGUCCUAGCCCGACCUGUUUGGGCCUGCAGCCCACGCGAAGCCGUCGCUGCCACUUCCCGCUCAUGUGGGCCCCUGCGGGCUGCCCACGCCAGUCCCCCAGCUCCCGGUUCCGCUGGGCUUUCCCUUCGCUGGGGGUGGCUUUCUGAGCCACCCACUCCGUGCCCAUCUCUGCAGCCUCUCCUGCCGCUCGGGGCCCCCGUUCCCCCUCCCGGCGGCGGGGGGCUGCCCCCGGGGGGCUGGCGGAGCUGGGCCGCUGGGGCCCCGGGGCCGGCGGUGCCGGGGUCAUCGGGAUGAUGCGGACGCAGUGUCUGCUGGGGCUGCGCACGUUCGUGGCCUUCGCCGCCAAGCUCUGGAGCUUCUUUAUUUACCUUUUGCGGAGGCAGAUCCGCACGGUAAUUCAGUAUCAAACUGUUCGAUAUGAUAUCCUUCCCUUAUCUCCUUUGUCCCGGAAUCGACUAGCCCAGGUGAAGAAGAAGAUCCUGGUGCUGGAUCUGGAUGAAACACUCAUUCACUCUCACCAUGAUGGGGUCCUGAGGCCUACAGUGAGGCCUGGAACACCUCCUGAUUUCAUCCUCAAGGUGGUAAUAGACAAACAUCCUGUCCGCUUUUUUGUACAUAAGAGACCCCAUGUGGAUUUCUUCUUGGAAGUGGUAAGCCAGUGGUAUGAGCUCGUGGUGUUUACAGCAAGCAUGGAAAUUUAUGGCUCUGCUGUGGCAGAUAAACUGGACAACAGCAGAAGCAUUCUUAAGAGGAGGUACUAUAGACAGCACUGCACUUUGGAGUUGGGCAGCUACAUCAAAGACCUCUCUGUGGUCCACAGUGACCUCUCCAGCAUUGUGAUCCUGGAUAACUCCCCCGGGGCUUAUAGGAGCCACCCAGACAAUGCUAUCCCUAUCAAAUCCUGGUUCAGUGACCCCAGUGACACAGCGCUUCUCAACCUCCUCCCAAUGCUGGAUGCCCUCAGGUUCACUGCUGAUGUCCGUUCCGUGCUGAGCCGAAACCUUCACCAACAUAGGCUCUGGUGACAGCUGCUCCCCCUCCACCUGAUUUGGGGUGGGGGGGAAAGGGAGGGAGAACUCUUGGGAUGCCGUCUGUUGCCCUGUCCAAUGUGAGGACUGCCUGGGCAGGGUCUGCCCCUCCCAUCCCUCUCUGCCCUCGGAGCCCUGCACUCCACUAAUGGAGUCUGGAUGGACACAUGGGCCAGACCGAAGCAGCCUCACUCUUCGUGGUCACACUCCGUGGAAAUGCCAGACUGGACAGGGGAGGCCUUGGAGAGCUGAACUGUCUGGUGGAGAAGGCAGGAGUGGCCUGGGUGACAGACAUGGUCAUCCCAGAGGCUCAACAGAAGCCAAGUCAACUUUGUUGUGAUUUGAUUUUUUAAAAACUCUUGUACAAAACCGAUCUAAUUCUUCACUCCUGCUCCAAGGGCUGGGCUGUGGGUGGGAGCCUGGGAUUUUGGGCCACCGGAUAUUCCUCAAACUUGUCCUUCCCUUACUUUUCCUCAUUUUUCUUCCCCCAAACACCCUGAUACCUGUAAUCAACUUUCUCUUUUCUUCCUUCCUCUUUUAAGCCAUGCAUUAUAACUUUGAAACCAAAGUUGCAAUA